GGGUUUUACAGCCUGAAAACAUUAUAUAUAAUAAUUGCAGACAAAGUUGGCUACUUUGCGGAUUUCACUUAUGGCGGGCUAUUUUGGGAACAUAUAUUUAAUUCAUUCAGAUCUAAGAUGUGUUAUUCUAGUGUUCCCUUUAUUUUUUUGAAGUGUAGUUUUACAAUUAUAGUUUUACAUGCACAAAGCAAUUCAAAAUGCGUUCAUAGAAAUGACGAGUGAAAGGGAUAAAUGAACAUUUAAUGUCCCUUUUAUCUUGAUUGAAUACUUGAUUGUUGAUAUAGAGAGCUAUGAGGCAGCAAGUGAGGGAUGAGCAGAGAUCCACACGGAUGCCACCUUUGUCUUUUCCAAUGAGUUAUUUCUUGAAUUCAAUAGUGUUUGUCACCUUCUUUAUCAAAAUGCUGGCACUUUCAACUUUCAUUGACUCAUAUUGGGUUAUUUUGCAAUCGUGAUAAAAAGAAAAGCAAAGACUGGUGAUGAGUCAACCGCUCAUAGAUGAGCAACGGAGCUAGGUGACAGUGGUAAAUGGUCUUUCACUUGUACACUAAGUCCCCUACUAACGAACAUCCAACGUGCGAACAUUCGGAGAUACGAACACAAGCCGACUGGUCUAUUUUUUCAUGUGUUUUGCCUUAUAAGUCCAUAUUUAUACUGCUACAUGCUUGACCGGCAAACCCAUAUUUAUACUGGUACAUGCUUGACCAGCAGAGGGCACUGUGACACUGCUAAUGGGACCAACAGAUACAGGAAGACGAGGAAGAGGAGAGAGGAAAGCGAAGAGUUUUAUGAUACAACCCGGACAGAGCGUGUGAUUAAAGUUUAUGAAGAGUUAAUAGGCCUGCUUAAUUCUACACCACCCGCAGAACACUACCUCUUUUAGAAGAGUCUAACGACGAUUUGUCCUUUUUUUUUAAUAUCUCCUCCUCCUCCACCACAACCAACGACGUAUGCUCGACCACUCCUCUUCAAAGGUAAAUAACAUUUAUCAUUACGUAUCAUUAUAUCAUUUUUAUUAUUGUUUUUUCAUUAAUUAUCCUCGUUUAAUAUAACUACUGCAUCCAAACUCAUAUUUACAUAUAUACACAUAUACUGUACAGGUAUAUGUAUACACGUAUAUGUAGUACCUAUAUACAGUAAUUGGUAAUAUUACCUUUUCCCCGACUUAAGAACAAUUCGACUUAAGAACGGUCGUCUGGAACCAAUUGUGUUCGUUAGUUGGGGACUUAGUGUAUAGCGCUUUUCCACCUCCAAGGCGCUCAAAGUGCUUUGACACUGUUAGCACAUUUACCGACUGAUGACGCAGCAUCAGGAGCAACUGGGGGUUCAUUAUCUUGCCCAAGGACACAAGACGUUUUGUGAUCUAAAUAUGUUCCGAACACAGUUGAACUCACACAGUAUAUUAAUAAAAAAACAAAAUGCAGACCAUAUUGCAUGCUAAUCGGGAAAUGGAUAUAAGCAAACCAAGGAAAAACAUUUUGGGUACAUUUUUGUUCAUCAUCCUUGUGAUGGUAAACUACUGACAGCUUUUUUACAGUUAUUCUAAUGCAGCAGCCUUCACUGAGUUUUCUUACACUUCCCUUGGCCAUGUCUGUCAUUAUAACAUGUUCAGGCUAAACCAGUCAUUUUUCCCAUUUUCCCAGCACAGUAGCAACACUAGUACCAGAAGCAGUAGUUGACUAGUAGGAAAUGUGCUUAGCACUCUUUGAGCUUUAGUGCAUUUGCAUUGCCAUUAUGUGCAGUUAGUGCAGGGAGUAGAAAGAGUCCUGCUGAGGGAGAGAAGAGGGCUAGUGUGGGGCGGUCCAUGUGGAUCUCGUCAUUGGCAUGUCAAGCAUGGUGAACCAGUUUGGCUCAGCUUUUCCUCUUCACUCCUCCCUCUCCCCUUAACUCCCUGUGUCUCUUCCAGCCAGUGCCGUCCUCAAUAACUUUUAGUCCCCUCUCUACUGUGCUUGCUGUCUCUCGUUCUUUCUCCCCCUUUGUCGUGUCCUUGCCCUCUCCCUGAUUUGUGGAAAAUGUGAUCGGUGAAGGGCACAAGGUUUUUGUUCGAGCGUCAGGCAACAUGAAUGUGUGUAACAAUACUGAUUUGCCAGAGCUUGAGAUUAUUAGCCUUUUGGAGGAACAGCUGCCAGUCUACAAAUUAAGGGCAGACACCAUCUUCGGCUACGAGCAAGAUGACUGGCUGCAUACACCUCUGGUGGACCCCAACUCCGCCCUCGACCUGACAACUGAACAGAUAGAAGAGACCCUCAAGUACUUCUUGCUGUGUGCCGAUAGAGUUGGACAGAUGACAAAGACCUACAGUGACAUUGACGCCGUCACUCGACUGCUUGAAGAGAAAGAGCGUGACUUGGAAUUGGCUGCUCGCAUCGGUCAGUCAUUGCUGAAGAAGAACAAAGCACUGAGCGAGAGGAAUGAACUACUGGAGGAGCAAGUAGAGCACAUACGAGAGGAGGUAUCCCAGUUGCGUCAUGACGUGUCCAUGAAAGAUGAACUGUUACAGUUUUAUACCAGUGCUGCUGAGGAAAGUGAGGGGGAGUCGACCACCUCCACACCUGUGCGACCCAGUGAGAACAACGUGUCAACGCCACCUUUUUUCCCCUUGGACUCUUUGCAGAAGAGACUGAAAGAUUUAGAAGAAGAAAACAAAUGUCUACGAUCUGAGGCAAGCCACUUAGAAACAGAAACCAUCUCCUAUGAAGAAAAAGAACAACAGUUGGUCAAUGACUGUGUAAAAGAACUUCGUGAUGCCAAUGUGCAAAUAUCUUCUCUGGCUGAAGAGCUGGCAAGGAAAUCUGAGGAUGCUUCCAGACAGCAGGAGGAGAUCACUCAUCUCCUCUCUCAGAUAGUAGAUCUCCAGAAGAAGGCCAAAAUGUAUGCUGUGGAGAAUGAAGAACUUACACAACACCUAGGAGCUGCCAAAGAUGCCCAACGACAACUCACUACUGAGUUGCGUGAGUUGCAAGACAAGUAUGCAGAGUGCAUGGAAAUGCUGCAUGAGGCUCAAGAGGAGCUCAAGAACCUAAGAAAUAAAGCCCAUCCACCUAACACACAGAGGCGUUUCCAUUCUCUGGGCUUGUUCCCGAUGGACUCUCUGGCAGCAGAAAUAGAAGGCACCAUGAGAAAAGAACUACAGAUGGAUGACCCAGAUGUGGAGGAGCAAAGACUGCAGCCAAAACGUGUGUUCCAGACAGUUAAAAACCUCAACCUUAUGCGUCAGCAACGUUCAUCACUUGCCCCUUCCCCGCUCAACAUCCCGGGCUCCAAUCAGUCAUCAUGCAUCACUUCGGGCCGCUCCAGCAGGGUUGGCACACCUCGCUCCAAUUCCAUAUAUGGCAGUGAGACAGGAAGUGGGAUUAUUCUGGACAACAGAAGUAGCUGUAUCCUGGAGACUCCAGAUAAUGGGUCAGAGGACUCAAACAAGCGGCACCCUGGAACUCCCGGUACCCCUGGCAGUCGGGACCUGGAGGCAGCACUGCGGCGUCUGUCUCUCCGCCGUGACAACUACUUAUCAGAAAAACGUUUCUUUGAGGAGGAGAGAGAGAGGAAGCUAGCUCACCUGGCCAAAGAGGAGGAAAAAGGAGGCAGUGAAAGUAGUGGAGGCCCUGGGACUCCAACGGAGAGUCUGUUGUCACUGUCCUCUCAUCCAUCAUUGGGCAGCGUGUGGUCGGGAUACUCGUUCACCGCCAGGUCCUACCUGCCUGAGAAGCUGCAGAUUGUAAAGCCGCUGGAAGGCUCUGCUACACUCUAUGCAUGGCAGCAGUUGGCUCAACCCCACAUGGGCGCUCUGCUGGAUCAUCGGCCCGGCGUAGUCACAAAAGGCUUUCGCACUUUCGCACAUGAGCAUGAUGAGGCGGAUGGCUGGCAACUAGACCAACCAGAGGAAGACGAAGUCUCAUGUGACUCAUUCCCAGGCUUAGCAGGAGAGAGCCUCUUAGACCCUCCAUGUUCUACCUCUUCUCCUAUUUGCUGCAACACAAAUGUCAACACUAGUGCCAGUAGCCAGUCAGAAUCACUGCAUGAUGACAGGGCAGGGAAGAGAGAGACAAUUCAAUCAAAAGACGGACAUGUUUUUACCUCUGCAAGCCCACCCCCCUUUUUCCCAGUGCCAUCUUCCUCCAAGAUGAACGGGCAUGUAGACUUCAAGGAGCUUGGCACAUUGGACCACAUUCCUGUUAACUUCCCAGGCAAGUGUGUAUCCCACACUAGCUCCACAUACACCUUCACCACCUGCAGGAUUCUCCAUCCCUCUGACCAGCUGACUUCUGUGUCCCCAAGCCCACCUCUAGUCUCUUGUCAAAGCAGUACUGCAUCUACCCCAGCUCAUGUUGCCUUCUCCGCUCCACAUACGCCCUCCUACACCCCAUGCUGCACCCCACGCCGCCUGUCCCUCUCACUCUCCUUGGCUGAAUCCUCCACCAACCUUCGAGACUCCACCAAGACCACCAGCACCUCACUAGGCCUCGUGCGCCUCCUGCUCGAACACGGGAUCUCCGCCUCAGUGUACAACCCGAGCAGCUGGGACAGAGGGUUGGACACCAGUGGUGCUUCAACGCCACUGAGAGGAGGCCAGACACCAAAGUCGACUGAUACACAAGAGGAGAAUGAAGAUGGACACUUGAAGAAACGCCCAGACACUCUCCUCCUCCAGCCUUCAACUCCUCCAAAUUCCCCCCGGUCCUGUUCCAAAUCUAACACCGCUUGCCCAAUUUUUCACUUCAGUCCCUCCAUUGAUGACCCGCCAUAUUUUGACACUUUCCUUGCCUCCAAGCCGGCACGCAUCAUUCUAAGGGAAGUGUUAGGUGAGGCUGAGAGGGAGCGAGGUGGUCAGACAGAUGACGAAGGCCAAAGUGAGAUGAUGAACCUGAGACUUGUGGAAAAACUGAAAAGAUUCCCUACCCUUCCGCCUCUCGCUGCUUCUGUCUCACCAGCAAGUACUCUGUUAGGCCCAUUCGGACCCACAGGGCUGGGGAGCACUGCACUGGGUGGGGGCCUUCCAGGUCUGAACACAGGACUAAGGAGGAAUAGAAGCUAUCCUGCCAUGGUGGGAGCCAGUAUGGCUAUGAAAGAUCCAGGAGGUCCCCCCACUACUGACAUCCUCAUACCACAUACAAUGCAAACACAGCCCACAGUGCACACACACUCACAGGACACAAGACAAACACAAAGAAAUCACACAGUGUUUACAAAGACACUGAAAACAGACCAGAGACAAACCGACGCUAGUAAAACACUACAGUAUUCAAUUAGCAGUGGAUUAAAUAAUGAGGAUGAAACUAUUCCAUCAUGAAACCAUUAUUGCAACACACAGUAUCCAUUUAUGAACACACACACACACACACACAAAUUCCCAUGAGCAGAUACCAAUGUAUACAUGUGAAGUCUGAAAGGCGACACUACGCCACUAGUACUUCAUUUCAGUCAAUUUACAUGUACGCUGAAUGAACCAGUGAGGCUUAUUUAAUGUCAAAAGGAGGAUGUUGCAAUAUAUUGUACUAUUUAUGCACAAAUCACUUCAGAUUAAAGAAGCAAUCUGGCCUUUAAUUUCUCUCAUUUUCCUUCUCAACUUGAACAGUUGCACCAGGAAUUAGAUUCAAAUGUCCAUACUGGCAUGAAUAUGAUUGACGUGUCCAGGUACUUAAAAAUUUUCAAAUACUGUAAAUGUGACACACAGACGCUGAUUGAAGAAUUGGUUUGUUAACGGCCCUCCUUUCUGCAUCUGUAUCUUACCUUGUCUGUUUUUGAAUGUGGCCUUGACUAUGUCAUUGCAUAGACUGAGGAAGUAUCUCAACGUAUAUUCAGGCAAACAACUGUGUUUAGCAGUUGCUUGCCAUCGAGAACAAUGAUUUAUAAUCAUGUUUAUGUCAAUUGUAUUGAAAAUAUUCAGGUUGCCUCUUUAAUGUGGCUCUAUUGCUGUGACCGAAUGUUCUUAUGUGCCUAAAACGUAAAACAAAAUUUGACUGAUCUCUCGUUGCAUUUAAAAACAUGUAUCCGAAUCUAACGUUGCCCAUAAUAUACUAAACGUGCCCAAAAUAGAGCUGCCAACACAAAUGUGAUGUGGCUUCUGAGCACAAGAACACCUAACAAACACGUGAAAUGAAGUAAUUGUCCAACAUGCCAGAUUUAACACCUUCCAUCCACGUAUAAUUGGGCAGCUGUGAUGCUUUAUGUUGUACUUUAGUUUGACCAAUGAUUGUUGUUAGACUAUUAGUGCUUGAUCACUUUUGAAUGGGUUAAACUACUGGAGCAAUUAUAUAUUUAUCAUUAAAAAUGUAUUUAUUUGGCCAUAAAUAUUUUGGGGGGCAAAAAAUGGAUUUUAAAUGAAGCUAUAGACAUUUUGAGAGUUACUGACUUUUGUCAUAACUGUUUUAAUUAAUUUGGGAAUUCCAGCCAUACAGUAUGUACAUUUGGUUUUGAAAUGGGUUCAUGGGAAAUCUGCAGUAUGAUCCCAGAAUGAUGAUAAAAGAAAGUCUCAUCCAAAGCAUCUCACAUUCCUUUGCGUAGUGUGGUGAUUUUGUAAAGGGAAAUCUGGAUACUUUUGGCUAUGUAUAAAAAUGGGCUUUGCCUAUACAAUAUUUUGUUUGAACUCGAUAAAAAUAUUAAACUUAAAACCCUCAGACACAACGCCGUCUGGCAACAAUAUUUGUGUGUGCGCUUCUGAAUGUAAGAUGUUUUACAAAGUAAUCCUGCUCUACGGCCAUAUAUUUGUGUACAGUCCUGUAUGUUGGUUUACCUUUUUUGCUUUGUGUAUUAGAAUAGGAAUUAUUCCAUUGUUGGUCAUUUAGUCAUGCUACCAUUUUUGUAAAGAAAGUGUAAAAGUAUAAAUGAAUAAAUACAUCGCUUAUUUUGAGUAAGAAAAGAUGAAACUAUUUUCAGGGAUUGAAAGUGUUCUAUUCAACAAAACUGUAUUAUCAAAAAAAUAAAUAAAUAAAAGAAUGAACUA